AUGACCCUCCACGCGAUCGACGGAAAAAAGUUCUUCAUGCCCGAGUACAGGGAUGGUGCGACCCCUGGAGACAAGCCAUUGCACUACCGAUGCAGGCUGUGUCGUGGAAGUCCUAAAAAGUUCAAAUUCAAGAACGUCACAAGGUUCUCAGAGCACAUAGAGCAAGAACACUAUCGAGAUCUCGGGCUUCCCCCUCCCUCCAAAGCCAAAGCCAAAAGAACGUCGGUCACCCCUAGCACACCUUGUGUGUUAGCUGCUAGUGAAGAUGAUGUGGGGGAGCAUACUCCAUUGCAUGGUCUGGCGAAGUAUUUUGCUCCCGUACCUCCCCCAUCUAUCGUUGCCCCGUUCCACAAAUCACUAGUCCGAUUCUGUAUGACGCAUGGCAUCCCACUCGAGCUCGUUGUGGGCGAGGAGUUCAAAGAUUGUUUGAACACUCUGCGUAAGCCUUACGCC